GCCGUUACAACCUGUCUCAAAGUUAACGUCCCACAACGAAUUCUUGACAUGGAUGCCCUCCGACGAAGGAACCCAUUCAAAUACUCCUCUGAACCCUCUGAAUCACAUGACACACACAUACUAGAUGAACAAGAACAAAGUGAACUCAUCGACAACAUUAAGAGUCUGAACGCAACAUCGAAUAGCCAGAACCGCAUUGCGUUGCAGAUUACGCUCGCGCUGUCUUUUUUACUGCAUAUAAUUUACAUCUUCUCCGACUACAACAGUCCAUUAAUUGUUGUUUUUCCACCAGCCAGUAGACCUGAGUCUCCACUCUAUCUAAGUCCUGUCUUGACACUCCUCGCGAUCAUCCUCCAUGCAAAUGCUGCUCUGCUCACUUACCCCCGGAAAUUGAUUCUUGCUAAACGGCGAAUAACGCCUCUUCCUUAUAGUGUCGCGUUCGGGCUAUCAGCGAUUUCUCCUACAACCUCGGUUUUGAGCGGGAAAACAUGGCAGACCACAGCAUGGUGGUGUACUGCCGCUUUUUUGACCUGGAUCGUACACGCAUCAAAUAAGUGGAUUGUGCAGGAGCAAGAAAGUAUAUCCGAGCUCGAAAGAAUGAAGUAUAUAUCUGCUGGGGCGUAGAAAACGCAAGUAUGCUUGUUGACAUUAGUUACUUCUUUGUACUCUAACUGACCAUUGAUUUCGCCAGCCUUGAUGUGCAUGCACACCAUGUGUCUAGACGUCGUUGAUCGUCAGAGGUUAUUACAUGAACUGGGACUGUCCAG